CACAGCCGCAAUCUUUUCUGGAUACCGGUAUUAUCAGGUUGUGGUCCGGCAACACCGCACUGUUUUCCAUCCUCCCAUAUGAGUUGACUCCCUAUGGAUCGAAGUACUGAUUGCUGGCAACGUGAUUGGGUAGAUUUCGAUAAUGUGUUAUAAUCUUCAGGAGGAAGCGAGAUUGUUGCUAUAUGAUGUUUACGAUGAGAAGUCUCAGUAUGUCACAUUUCGAGAAAGGGGAGAUAGCGCUGGCAGCUCAACGGCCAGCGGAGGCGGCCAAGGGAUACCGCCCACUAUGGACAAGUAUGCUGCACAGCAUAGCGCGGCUGCCGUACAGGCGAUACAUCAGCAGCUGCUCAGAACUUUAUCAAAUACACCUCCGCACAUGUUGCAGUUCUCUCCGCUGUUCUAUCCAUACCAGUUGGCCAUGGCCCAAGCAGCAGCUCAAGCUGCAGCCGCUGCCUCUUCACAAUCAGGAAAAAGGGAGUCUAGUGGAGGCCCAAAUUUGGCUGAUCUUCAGCGCGUAGCAGCUCAAGCUGCAUCAGCCGCUCCUAACCUCGCCGAACUUCAGCGUGCAGCAGAUCAGCGCCAGUACCUGUUGGAUAUGAUCCCGCCAACUUCCGGAUCCAGCAAUCAGUCCAGGCACAACUGGAAGACAUGAUACCAACCAAACGCCAGCACAGGCACCUGUUCCAGCCUACCUACUGAUUACAGAGACAGAAAUUAAUUGAUAGUCAUUAUACAAUAUGUACAUUGUUUGGUUCAACCAACAUAGCAUAACCAAGUAUAUAGCUAAGCUAUUACGUGGUUUUUGUUUUUAAUGGUUUACAAUAUUAUCAUCAAUAACUAUGCACGUACAUUUAAUAAUUGUUUGGUCAUUUUGAGUCGUAACCUUUUUAUGUCUAUAUCUAAUUCAUAAAUUUGUGUAUAAGCAUAAUAUAAUUGCAAAAAUAAUAUAUUUUUUGUUUUUUGGUUGAUGUAUGACGCAUUUCGACGCUAGUCGAUAGUGUAACUUGUUCUGUCAUUUAAGAGUGCUGGGAAGCACUAUCCGGUUGGAUGUAACAGCAUUCAUGCUCUAGUCAUAGGCAGCAGUUUCACAUCGUUGCGUACUUUUUUCCGAGUUUAUUAGGUCUUUGGGAAAAGUUCUGACCGUUUUUAGGUUACACCAAAAUAAUUUUUUUAUACCUC